GCAUGAGGGAAAUAUUCAAGGAUCGUGUCUAAGGACUUGGAAUGCACUCGGCAUUGAAGACGCGAUGCAACCUCGCAUUUUGCGCUGCACACGUACUUACAUUUCCGUAAACAUCGCGUCUCAAUGUAUCAUUCCUCGAGGAUCUGCGGUACACUGCGCGUCGUCCUCUUUCGCGAAAGCGGCGAUAAGGAGCGCCGACAAAAUGGCGAGGCGACGACGAAGAUACGCGGGAAACUCGCUCGUGUGUGGUAUGACCCAUUGGCCCAGUUUGCACAGGCGGUAAUGCCCAUCUCGUCGCCGCGAAAGGCCGCGUUGCGUGGCGAGCUGCGCUACGCGAACUCGCGGUUGAGCGCGCAAAAGCGCAAUCCGCGCGGCGCUGCGCUAACUAUCGUACAUAAUACGCGACGUGUACGAUUUAAACGCGAUUACGUUACCUUCGCUCGAAAGUAACGAGUGUAAUGCGGCGAUAUCGAUGAAAGCAGCUGCAGUCGCGACGCUAAGCGUAUUCAAUCAUUCGAUUUAUCAGCGGUAUAUUUCAAAUAUUUUCUAUUGUAUUAUAUAAAAACUGUA